AUGCCUUCCAAACACAAACAUUCGAGAUUAUUAGAAGAAAGUGAGGAGGUGGAUGAAGAAGUGGAGGAAGCGCCUGAGUUGAAGAAGAGAAGCAGCAAAGGCGAGAAGACUCGGAAGGAAAAAAGUUCAGAGCGUUCCGGCUCCUCGGAAAAAGACAAAAAGAAGAAAAAGACCGAGACUGAGAAGGAGGAAGGUGAGCAGAACAACAACGAGACAACCGCCAAAGAAGACAACAGUGUGGAGGAGAAGAAGAAGAAAAAGAAGAAAUCCUCCACGGAGAACCCAGACGAAGCAGACGCUGAGAAGAAAACAAAGAGCAAGAAGAAGAAAACGUCUCACAAUGAGGGAGACGAACCCGCCGAGGAAGACUCCAAGAAGAAGAAGAAGAAAAAAACCAAGAAGGGAUCGGGCGAAAGUGACGAGGACAAAAAGAAAAAAGGCAAGAAGUCGAAAAACAAGCACGUGGACUAUGCCGCCAUCUACCAAAGCGAGCUCCUCAACUACCACACCGACUCCUCCGACGGCUACGAGGACGUCUAUUACAAGAAGAAAGUCUACGAGGUGGUGGCCAUCACCGGUGACGUGAAAGGAGCCGGGACGGACGCAAACGUGUUUGUGACGCUUUUCGGGGAGUUUGGUGUUACUCCAAAAGUCCACCUGGCCAGCAAAAGCCGGACUGCUUUUGAAAAGAAUAAGACGGAUGUUUUCCGCAUCAAAACGCACAACGUGGGUGCCCUCAAGAAGCUCAGGAUCGAGCACGACAACACUGGCAUGAAUGCCAGCUGGUUUUUGGACAGGGUGGUGGUGACCGACAUGAGCCGGCCUCACCUGCGCUUCUACUUUGCCUGCAAUAACUGGCUGAGCCGCGAGGAAGGCGACAAUCUUUUUGUCAGGGACCUGCUGGGCAGCCUCAACCAGAUGGACGUCCCCAAACUAAAUAAAUACAUCGUAAGCGUGUUCACCGCCGACAUGAAGGGAAGUGGAACUGACGCCGACGUCUUCCUCAACAUCUUUGGAGAGCACGGCGACACGGGGGAGCGGCGGCUGGACAGCGACAAGGACAAUUUUGAACGCGGCUCGGAGGACAAGUUCACCGUCGAAGCUCCCAACCUGGGCAGGCUGAGGAAGAUCACCAUCGGCCACAACAACAGAGGUUCAUCCGCUGGAUGGUUCCUCGAUAAGGUUGCAAUCGAUGACAUCGGGAAUAAAGGAGUGUACGAGUUCCCCGUCAAUCGCUGGUUUGCCAUGGAUGAAGACGACGGCAAAAUCCAGAGAGACGUUCUGGUCGGCUCACUGCAGCCAAUGGGAAUCGUGUACAACGUUCAAGUGAUGACGGGGGACGUGCGAGGCGCGGGGACCAACUCUAAAAUCCACAUGGUUAUGCACGGCUGCAAGGGCUUAAAGAACAGCGGCAAAAUCUUCCUGGAGGGCGGCGCCUUUGAGCGCGGCCUCAUCGACAUUUUCAACGUGGAGAUCUGCGAGCUGAUCAGCCCUCUCAGCAGGGUCACCAUCGGGCACGACAACGGGGCCGUGGGCGCCGGAUGGUACUGCGAGAAGGUGGUCAUCUACUGUCCAUUCACGGGGGUGGAGCAGACAUUUCCAUGCGGGAUGUGGCUGGACGAGGACGAGGGCGACGGUCUCAUCGAGAGGGAGCUCUACGAAAUGGUUUCUCUUCGUCAGAGGAAACAGAAGAAGUACCCCUGGUCCUUGUGGAUCUGGACUUCGGACUUAAAGGGCGCGGGUACCGACGCCCAGGUAUUUCUGCAGAUCUACGGAGAGAACGGCAAAUCGGAUGAACUCAAACUGGAAAGCAACUCGGAUAGUUUUGAACAAGGCCGUCUUGAUAAAUUCAUGAUUGAAUUGCCAAACAUUGGACGACUCCUAAAACUGCGCAUCUGGCACGAGAAGAGGCAUCCGUUUUCUGGCUGGCAUUUAGGGAGGAUUAGUUUACUGAAGACCCUGACGAUGGAGAAAUACAAGUUUGAAUGCGGCCGUUGGCUGGACAUCAACGAAGACGACAACGAGAUCGUACGAGAGCUGCCGGCGACGGGAACUCUUUGCGGGGAGCCGCUACCUUGUAGGAAAACGGGUUUGAUGAAGUAUCGCAUCACCAUCUGCACGGGCAACGUCAGCGGCAGCGGCACCGACGCCAGCGUCUUCCUCAAUGUCAUCGGCGACCUGGGCGACACCGGGGAGAGACUCAUGUACAUGAGCAAAAAUAACGUCAACAAAUUCGAAAAGGGCAAUCAUGACGAGUUUCUCAUCGAAGCCGUGUCCCUGGGCCGCGUCCACCGGGUGCGAGUCGGACACGACGGGCGCGGCGGAGGCUGCGGUUGGUUCCUCGAUAAGGUCUUGGUGAGGGAGGAAGGCCAGCCGGAGUCGUCGGCCAUCGAGUUCCCGUGUAUCAGGUGGUUAGACCGCAAUGAGGAUGACGGGCAGAUCGUCCGCGAGUUGGUUCCAGCCGGAGAAGGCCUGCGGUUGUUCAAUGUGAGCUACCACAUUGUCAUCAAGACGGGUAGCGUGAACGGUGCCAGCUCCGACUCUCGGGUGUUUGUCAAAUUGUACGGCGAACGAGGCGACACCGCCAAGAUAACCUUGGCAGUCUCGGACAACGACCUGCGGAACUAUUUUGAAACCGGUCGCACCGACAUCUUUACCAUAGAAACUUUUAACAUCGGAAAGAUCAACAGACUCCUCAUCGGCCACACCAAUGAAGGCUUGCGAGCCGGCUGGUUUCUGGACAGUGUUCAAAUCUCGGUGCCGGUCCACGGCAAGGAGUACAUGUUCCCCAGCCACCGCUGGCUCUGCAAAGACGAGGCUGAUGGAAAAGUGGAGGUGGAGAUCUAUCCCAGCGAGAUCCUGGAGAUGGAGAAAUUGAUCAACUACGAAGUGAGCGUGGUCACAGGGGAUGUGCGAACAGCCGGGACCAACGCGAACGUCUUCUGUCAGAUUUACGGCGCCGAUGGAAAAACAGAAGUUCUUCCCCUGAAGAGCCGCUCCAACAACUUUGAACGCGGUACCACAGAGAUCUUCAAGAUAGAAGCUCAGGAUGUGGGCAAGAUCUACAAGCUGAGGAUCUACCACGACGGCAAGGGCAUUGGCGACGGCUGGUUCCUGGAGGCGGUGGACAUCAAGCGCCUGACGAUGGCCAUGGUGCUGGUGGAGGAGGUGGAGAUGGUGGAGGAGCUGCAGGAGGUGGUGGAGACGUUCAGCUUCCCUUGCAACCGCUGGCUGGCCAGGGAUGAAGAGGACGGCGAGAUUGUGGUCGAGCUCUUGACCGAUGACGAUGAAGAUCUUGAGGUGAACUCUUACGACGUGCACGUGUUCACGGGGCAUCCGUGGGGGGCGGGGACCGAUGCCAAGGUUUACAUCAACGUCUAUGGCGAAACCGGCGACACAGGCGAGCGGCGCCUUAGGAAGUCUAACAACCUCAAUAAAUUUGAGAGGGACCAAGAGGACGUGUUCAGCAUCACGGCCGUGGACCUGGGCACGCUAAAGAAGCUGAGGAUCCGACAUGACAACAGCCAGGCCGGGGCGGGCUGGUUCCUGGACAGGGUGGAGAUUGUGGACAACAAGGAUGACACCACGUACUUCUUCCCGUGCAAGCGAUGGCUGGCGGUGGACGAAGACGACGGGCAGCUGGCCAGGGAGCUGGUCCCCGUGGACGAGGCCUUCAUGAAGAAAGGCGACGACGAGGACGAUGAUGGCGACUCUGAGGCUACGCUGGGCUUGGAGCAGAAAGCCAUGUCCACCACGUACACGGUGAGGAUAAAAACCGGGGACAAGAAGUACGCCGGGACGGACGCCAAUGUUUCUAUGACCCUAUAUGGAACCAAGGAUGACACAGGGAUCAUAAAUUUGAAGGCCUCCAAGACGCACAAGAACAAGUUUGAGCGGGGCAUGAUCGACGAGUUCACCGUGGAAGCUGUGGACAUCGGGCCGCUCAAGAAGUUACGAAUUGGACAUGACAACCACGGGGGUGGUUCAGCAGGCUGGUUCCUGGACUGGGUGGAGAUUGAUGCUCCUUCGCUGGGGCAGAAACUUCGAUUCCAGUGCGGCCGCUGGUUGGACAAAGGCGAGGACGACGGCGCCAUCUCCAGAGAUCUUUUUCCGAAUCCUCUCCAAACAGAACUUUACACACCAUUUGUCCCCUACGAGAUCAAAAUUUUCACGGGUGAUGUUUUCGGAGCGGGCACGGAUGCAGACGUGUUUGUUGUCCUGUAUGGAAGAGACGCCAUGUGCACGCAGCAGAAGCGGCUGUGCGUCAACAAGAGGGAGAGGAUCAUGUACUUUGAGAGGGGAGCCGAGGACAUGUUCAUUGUGGAGCUGGAGGACGUUGGGGAGGUCAUUGAGAAGAUCCGCAUCGGUCACGAUAAUCGCGGCGUCAACCCAGGCUGGUACCUGGACCGAGUGGAGAUCCGACGCCUGCUAAAGAAGGGGAAGGGCUCGGAGACGGUCAUCUUCCCGUGUGAGCGCUGGCUCGCCAAGUCGGAGGACGAUGGGGAGACUGUGAGGGAACUGGUGCCCUCUGACAUCAUCACCGAGAAGCUGGCACGGGACGGGAGUUUGAAGAUCACUGAGGUGGAGGUGGAGGACGCCCUGGAGACACAUACGUACAAAGUGUCCGUGAUGACCGGCGACAUGUACGGGGCGGGCACCGACGCCAACGUGUUCCUCACCAUCUACGGCGACCUGGGUGAUACUGGCGAGAGGAAGCUCAGCAAGUCGGAGACCAACAGCAACAAAUUUGAGAGAGGAUCCGUGGAUAAGUUCACCAUCGAGGCUGUGGAUCUGGGGCAGGUGUUCAAGAUCAAGAUCCGCCAUGAUAACAGCAUGAUGAGCCCAGACUGGUACCUGGACCAGGUGGAGGUUCUCGACGUGGACACAGAGGAGGUCUUCCUUUUCUUGUGCGAACGGUGGCUGUCCAGGAAGAGGGAGGACCGCCGCAUCCAGAGAGUUUUCUACAUUAAGGGCUACGAGGGGGUCCGAGAGAACCUGAGUAUCAAGAAGUCAACCUUGAAGAGCGUCGACAACAACAUGAACAAAAAGAGCAAAAAGAAGGAAGAGGAGGUCGAGGAACUCCCUGUCAUACCGUACCACAUCACACUGUGCACCGGGCUGGAGCGAGACGCCGGAACCACCAGCAGGGCCUACGUGAUUAUUAUCGGAGCCAAUCACAGCCGGACGGAUAGAUUGUGGUUGGAUCCGCCGGAUGGGAGGAAGGGCCUCCAGGCCGGAUCUAUGGAGAGCUUCGAGUGCUACGGCUCAGACGUGUGGGAGAUCAAAAAGGUCGAGCUCGGCCAUGACGGUGCCACUCCCGAGAGCUGCUGGUUGGUAGAUGAGCUCUCCGUUGCCGUGCCAACCAAAGGGGUUAAAUUUAUCUUUGCUUGCGCAUGCUGGCUGGCCAAAGAUCGCGGUGACGGCCUGACCGCCAGAGUUUUCAACAUUCUGGAUGCAGAAGCCGUUUCCAUUUCCCAGAAAGUCAUUUAUGAAGUGACUGUGGUCACGGGGGAUGUCCAAAACGCAGGAACAGACACCAAGAUCUUCAUGACUGUUUUUGGUGCCAACGGCAGUACUGAGGAAAUGUUGCUGCGGAAGAAUGAGGACAGGUUUGAGCGUGGUCAGGAGGACACCUUUAACAUGGAGAUAGAUGACAUCGCUCCUCUCAGGAAGAUGAGGCUACGUAUUGACGGCUCAGGCAGCAGACCGGAUUGGUUCCUUGAUACGGUGACCAUGAACAACCUGACCACGGGGGAGGUGUCUGUGUUCACCUAUGAGGAGUGGCUGUCCAGGACAUGUGGACCCCAAAGGACCAUGAUUUGCGAGAUGGCUGCAGUGGUGGAUGAGGAGACCAUGGUGGAGCUCACCACUUAUGUGGUUCAGGUCAAGACUGGAGAUGUCACAGGGGCCGGUACCGACGCCAAUGUUUGGAUCAUUAUUUUCGGCGAGAACGGCGACACAGGGACUUUGGCGUUGAAAGAGUGCAACAAGUCCAACAAGUUUGAGCGAAAGCAGAUGGAUACCUUCCGAUUUGUAGACAUCUUGAGCCUGGGUGACCUUUCCAAAGUCCGAGUGUGGCACGACAACACAGGCCUCGCUCCAGGAUGGCAAUUGGACUACAUCGACGUGAAGGACGAACUCAUGGACAAGACCUUCCGCUUUCCCUGCGACCGCUGGCUCGCCAAAAACGACGGCGACGGACAGAUCAUGAGGGAGUUGCCGUGCGCUAACAACGAAUACUUGGACCUUGACGAGAAAACCAAGUACGAAAUUUGCGUCACCACUGGAGACACGGCAGAGGCGGAAACCAAGGAGAACGUUUGGAUCGUGUUGGAGGGGAGGAAGGGUCGAUCAAAGGAGUUCUCAAUGGAGAACUCUUCGAAGAAGAGGAGGUUUUUACGGGGAAACGUUGACAGAUUUGAGUUUACAUCCAAGAACCUGGGCGACAUUGUCAGCAUCUGCGUUGGCCACAUAUCCAAGGAUGGGAAGAAAGUCAAGGAGGAGCUUCACUGGCACGCGGAGGAGGUGGUGGUCACGGAAAGAGAGCUGGGCAACAAGUACAUCUUCCAUUGUGACGCCCUCGUCCCGUUGUCGGCCAAGAGGGACGACUUCUUGACCUUCGAGUGCACCAAGGCCAUCGAGAGCUUCGCCAGCAAGGCCCGAAGCCUGGUGCCCGUCAAGUACGAGAUCAUCGUCAUCACGGGCGACGGGAAGGGAGCUGGCACCGACGCCAACGUCUCCAUCACCGUCUUCGGCUCCAACGGUGAUUCGGGUCGGCGGCAGCUGCGGCAGAAGUUCCGGAACCUCUUUGAGCGGGAGCAGACGGAUCGCUUCCUGUUGGAGAUGCUGGAUAUGGGAGAGUUGCAGAAGGUGAGAGUGGAGCAUGAUAACUCGGGUCUGCAUCCUGGUUGGCUGCUGGAUCGCGUGGAAGUCACCAACACCGCCAAUGGCGUCACCACCAUUUUCCUGUGCGGGAAGUGGCUGGACACUAAAAGGGCUGACGGGCAGAUCGUCAGAGUCCUCUACCCCAAAUACUGA